AUGGCCGCCUCCGCAGCGCACGUCGUCAUGCUGCAGCGCUCGCCGACCUACGUCGUCUCCGAGCCGGGGCGAGACGCCGUCGCCCUCUUCCUGCGCCGCUGGCUCCCCGCUUGGCUCGCCGUCUUCCUCACGCGCUGGCAGCGCUGCGGGCAGCUUUCUUUUGACGGCGGCCCUGUCUCUACGUACCCCCAGACGGUGCGCGGCUGGCUGCGUGCCUGGGCGCAGGAGCAGCUGCCCGACGGGUUCGCCGUCGACGUGCACUUCAAGCCAAAGUACGACCCGUGGGACCAGCGGCUGUGCGCCGUCCCGGACG